AUGAUCCUUCUCAUGCUGCUGGCUGCGCUGCUGUGGGGCGUGACGAACCCACUGCUGAAGCACUACAGCCGCGGGAUGCCGAGCCGCGGGUCUGCGAAGGAUGACACCCUUUUUCUUCUGCGGAGACCAAAGUACCUGGUGACACAGGCUGUGAACCUAAGCGGCUCCGUCGUGUUCUUUUACUCGCUGCGCGAGGUGGACGUGUCGGUUGGCUCGAUUGUAGUGAACUCACUUGCAUUCGUGAUCACUGUGCUGAUGAGUGUGUUUGUUCUGCGCGAGGGCCUGUUGUGCCCGCGGACUGCUACGGGGUGCCUUCUGGUGAUGGUGGGAACUGGUCUGUGCACUUACUCGUCUGGCGCGAGCUGA